CCCCGCCCCGCCCGCCCUCCGGCCGCGUCCCCGCUGGCCCUGCCGACGUGGCGGGGCGGGACCGCCGGGCGCUCCCGCGCGCACUCGGCCGCCUGAGCGAUACUAAAAAUGUCUGAUGAUGCCAAUGACACCAUAGCCACUGCAGACGGAGAAGAAAUUACUAAGAUUUCAAGUAGCAAUUCUUUACCUGAGGAUGCAGAAGCACACAGUGAUUCAGCUACAACCUCAAAAGAGCCAGCACCAGCGGAGCCCAGAGGAGACUUGCAUGAGGAUGCAGCUGGUCAGGAUGCAGAGACUGCUGCUGCUGGGUACUCGCAACAGCCCAAAGAUGCAGGUACAAGGGAGACCCCCCUCAAUGGAGACGUAACCGAGGACACAUUAGCAGAGUGCAUCGAGUCCGUCAGUCUCGAGGGAGAACCUGGAUCCGAAAUACCCCUGAAAGAACAGAAUGAUAUGGCUGUGGAUUCCCCUCCACAGGGAAGAGGCUGGGCAGGCUGGGGCUCCUGGGGCAAGUCUCUGCUCUCAUCAGCAUCUGCCACAGUAGGUCACAGUUUGACAGCAGUCAAAGAAAAAGCAGGGGCUACCCUGAGGAUUCACAGUGUCAAUUCUGGAUGUCCCGAAGGGGCCCAGCCUGAGACUGAGAAUGGAGUCCCUGAAGUUGCAGAAGUGGCUUCAGAUCAGGACCAUGCGGGCAGCGCCCCCAUGUCCGCUUCGUCAGGCUCUCGGGGCAUGCUGUCAGCCCUCACCAACGCAGUCCAGAGCACUGGCAAAAGUGUCUUAACCGGAGGUCUUGAUGCUUUGGAAUUCAUUGGCAAGAAAACCAUGAAUGUCCUUGCAGAAAGUGACCCAGGAUUCAAGCGGACCAAGACACUCAUGGAGAGAACAGUUUCCUUGUCCCAGAUGUUAAGGGAAGCCAAGGAGAAAGAGAAGCAGAGACUGGCACAGCAGCUCACGGUGGAGAGAACCGCACACUACGGGAUGCUGUUUGAUGAAUAUCAAGGUCUGUCACACCUGGAAGCCCUGGAAAUUCUGUCCAAUGAAAGCGAAAGCAAGGUUCAGUCAUUUUUAGUAUCACUGGAUGGAGAGAAGCUGGAACUCUUAAAAAAUGACCUAAUUUCCAUUAAAGACAUCUUUGCAGCCAAAGAAUUAGAGAAUGAAGAGAAUCAAGAACAAGGCUUAGAAGAAAAGGGAGAAGAAUUUGCUAGCAUGCUUACAGAGCUUCUCUUUGAAUUACAUGUUGCUGCCACUCCUGACAAACUCAAUAAGGCCAUGAAGAAAGCUCACGACUGGGUGGAAAAGGACCGAACCAUGGUGUCAGUGGAUGUGGCCAAAGAGUCAGAGGAGGAAACUAAGAAGGAAGAAAAAGAAGAGGAAGCUGAAGAUCCUCAAAAAGACAAAAAGGAAGAAAAAACUAAGACUGUAGAGGAAGUGUACAUGCUGUCCAUUGAAAGUCUGGCAGAAGUAACUGCGCGCUGUAUUGAGCAGCUUCACAAAGUUGCAGAAUUAAUUCUUCAUGGACAAGAAGAGGAGAAACCAGCCCAGGACCAAGCAAAAGUGUUGAUAAAGUUAACUACAGCAAUGUGCAAUGAAGUGGCUUCCUUAUCAAAGAAGUUUACGAAUUUUUUAACCACUGUUGGGAGCAAGAAGAAGGCUGAGGUUCUUAACCCCAUGAUCAAUAGCGUGUUGUUAGAGGGCUGCAACAGCACGACCUACAUUCAGGACGCCUUCCAGCUGCUGCUGCCUGUCCUACAGGUGUCGCACAUCCAGGCCAGUUGCCAGACUCCCGCCAGUUAAAGGAAAGACCAGGUCACAAGGCUUCGUCGAAUGCCACGUCAGGGAUGUUUUCAACACAACCCACCCUAGACACCCAUUUGAGGACACUACAAAGCAAUUUUGCACAGACAGUACUGAGAAUGCAAGUUUAAAGAGAGUUGUCAUUUCUUUUAAUGUAUAGGGUCGUUUUUACAAAUAAUUAUGUUUUAUGUUAAUUUAAAGUUACACAGCUCAUAUUGAAAUUUUCCUUUAUGAAAUUCAUUCACAAGUAUUCAUUCAUGACCAUUUUCCUAGUCAAGCAUGCUAUAUUUAGAAAUUCAGAAGCAGACCACAGCUUUCUUUUAAUGUUUCAAAUUUCUACCUUUAAAUGUCACAUUCUUAUAAAUAUUUCUUUAAAUCAAUUUUAAUACUGAACUUUGUCUUAUUCCAUAAAUGUCAUGGGCAAAAAUAAUACUACUUACAGAUUUUACCCAGUAUGAAGAAAAAGAUACAUAAGUAUCUCUUUAUAGUCAUUCCCUCUUACAACAAGCAUUUGUCAUGCACAUACUGUGUGCUCAGAAUAAAAGAACAUGAACUCACCCCCCUAGAGACAAACAUUCAGAAAGAGGGUUUAUAAUAAUUCUUAAAAUACUUAAAAACACUAAAAAUUUGUCUAAUCCUUAAAACAUUUGAAGAACAAGGUAAAUUUAUACUGUUUUCAAUGUUCUGCCAGUUUGUAAUAUUUUCCUACCUUCCUUAAACUUAUUUUUAUCCACGACUUUAUAUAUGGGGUGAAAAUAUGUAUGAAAAAGAGUAUUAAAGAAUUGUUUGUUUGUU